CUGACUAAGCACCGCCCACCGGAAGGAGAGAAACAAUCUGCAGCGCGAGCGGAAGAAGCAAGCCGGAAGGAGCCGAAGGAGACAAGUGCUCCCCCCUCCGUCGCUCCGGAAACUGCCCCCGGAAGGAGCAAGGAAGAUUCGAACAGCAGGACAUCUUCACCUGCUAUCCGGGACGGCGGGACAGGCAGGCUUUCGCUACUCCUGCUUUGUAGUAGGCGGCUGUGAAGCAUGAGUUACGAGCAGCGGAGAGGAUGGGGACGAGGCAGAGGCAGACGGGGCAGAGCAAGAAGCUUUUCGUCCCAGUAUGAAAGCGGCUCUGUGGAGAAUCCGAGAGGUGGCAGAAGAGAGAAACCCCCGCCACAUCUGAAAGGCCGGGAGAUCGGUUUAUGGUAUGCCCGGAGACAAGGCCAUAAAAGCAAAGAAAAAGAGAGGCUGGAGAGAGCUGUUGUAAAAAUGGAUGAAUCCAGGGAGAAACAUAUUGCUCGACUGCUGAACUCUGUGCAGGCACAGAAUAACAAUGAAAGGUCAAGUUGCUCUAAAGGAUCCUGGUGGGCUACUGAGAAUGAACGAAACAACGUGUCUCCUCAAUUAAGGCAGCCAGCAUCAUCUGAAGUAAAGGAUCAUGAUUGGGAUUCUGAAUAUGCUGCUGAGGAAAAUGAAGCAGGCACAUAUUUGGAUCAACAGCUUAGAGAAGAGAUGCAGAAAAAGAGAACAAAUUAUAAAUAUCUUGAAAUGCAGACAUUUCGUGAGAAGUUGCCUUCCUACGGUAUGAAGGAGAUGAUAAUUAAAAUGAUAAAUUCAAAUCAAGUGACCGUUAUUAGUGGAGAAACUGGCUGUGGUAAGACUACACAAGUAACACAGUUUAUUCUGGAUGACCAUAUCAACAGGGGAAAAGGUUCUUCUUGCUACAUUGUAUGUACACAGCCCAGGAGGAUUAGUGCCAUAUCGGUGGCAGAACGUGUGGCAGCGGAAAGAGGAGAAACUUGCGGAAGAGAAAACAGUACAGGAUACCAAAUCCGUCUUGAAAGUCAAAUGCCACGGAGACAAGGUUCUAUAUUAUAUUGCACAACUGGAAUUGUGAUACAGUGGCUCCAGUCAGACCCGCACUUGGCCAAUGUCAGUCAUAUUGUUAUAGAUGAAAUACAUGAGAGGAACCUUCAGUCUGAUGUUCUCAUGGCAAUUGUUAAAGAUCUUCUAACCUUGAGGUCGGAUUUGAAAGUCAUUUUGAUGAGUGCCACUUUGAAUGCAGAGAAGUUCUCACAGUAUUUUGAGAACUGUCCAAUGCUGCACAUUCCUGGGUUUACUUACCCUGUUAAAGAGUACCUCCUUGAAGAUGUUAUAGAAAUGGUUCGGUACAUGCCAAAGGAUAGUGAUCGGAGGCCCCGGUGGAAGAAACGAUUUAUGCAAGGGCGAAUGAUUCGUCCUGAGAAGGAGCAAAAGGAGGAGCUGUACAGGGAGCGCUGGCCUGACUUUGUACGGAAACUGCAGACCAAAUACUCUCAAAGUACCAUUGAAGCUCUGGAAACUGCAGAUGAUGAAAAAGUUGAUCUUGACCUUAUUGUAGAACUCAUAAGGUUCAUUGUUCUGAAGGGAGAGGAUGGCGCAAUCUUGGUUUUUCUGCCUGGAUGGGACAACAUUAGCACCUUGCAUGAUUUGCUCAUGUCACAAGUGAUGUUUAAAUCAGAUAAAUUUAUUAUUAUUCCUUUGCAUUCCCUGAUGCCCACUGUAAACCAGAAAGAGGUUUUUAAAAGGCCGCCACCAGGAGUGAGAAAAAUUGUAAUUGCCACCAAUAUUGCAGAGACAAGUAUUACUAUAGAUGAUGUUGUGCAUGUAAUUGAUGGAGGAAAAAUAAAAGAGACCCACUACGAUACACAAAAUAACAUCAGCACAAUGACUGCAGAAUGGGUUAGCCAUGCCAAUGCCAAGCAAAGGAAAGGCCGUGCAGGCAGAGUUCAACCUGGCCACUGCUACCAUCUGUAUAACAGCCUUCGGGAUAGUCUUUUGGAUGACUAUCAAUUACCAGAAAUUGUGAGGAUGCCAUUGGAGGAACUUUGCCUCCAGAUCAAGAUUUUAAAGCUUGGUGGCAUUGGCUCUUUUCUGAGUAAAUUAAUGGAUAUCCCAUCUAGAGAGGCAAUAUGUCUGGCAAUUAACCAUCUUAUGGAAUUGAAUGCUCUAGAUAAUCAUGAAGAAUUGACCCCUUUGGGGUUUCACUUGGCACGAUUACCAGUAGAACCACACAUUGGCAAGAUGAUCUUGUUUGGAGCUCUUUUCUGUUGUCUGGAUCCAGUUCUCACCAUUGCAGCAAGCCUCAGUUUUAAAGAUCCCUUUGUCAUUCCUUUGGGAAAAGAGAAAAUGGCUGAUGCAAGGCGGAAGGAAUUAUCCAGAAACUUAAAAAGUGACCAUCUAACGGUGUUGAAUGCAUUUGAGGGCUGGGAAUAUGCCAAAUGGCGGGGAGCCAGAGCAGAGAGAGACUAUUGCUGGGAAAACUUUCUGUCUUCUAACACAUUAAAGAUGUUGAGUAACAUGAAAGGACAGUUCGCUGAACACCUACUAAAUGCAGGUUUUGUGAGCAGUAGGAAUCCAAACGAUCCUAAAUCAAAUAACAAUUCCAACAACGAGAAGCUCAUUAAAGCUGUUAUUUGUGCUGGUUUAUAUCCGAAGGUAGCAAAGAUUCGGCAAAGUCUCAGCAAAAAGCGGAAAAUGGUAAAGGUAUAUACAAAAUCCGAUGGAAAGGUCAACAUUCACCCAAAGUCUGUCAAUGUGGAAGAAACAGAAUUUCACUAUUCAUGGCUUGUCUACCAUCUGAAGAUGAGAACCUCUAGUAUUUAUCUAUAUGAUUGCACUGAAGUCUCCCCAUAUUCACUGCUUUUCUUUGGGGGAGACAUUUCAAUCCAGAAAGACGACGAGCAGGAUACAAUUGCAGUGGAUGAAUGGAUUGUGUUUCAGUCCCCUGCAAGGAUUGCACACCUAGUGAAGGAUUUGAAGUCAGAACUUGAUGUCCUAUUUAAAGAGAAGAUUGAGAAGCCUCAGCCUGUUGACUGGAAGGAAACAAAAUCCAGAGACUGCGCUGUCCUUUCUGCCAUCAUCGAUCUCAUAACCACACAAGAAAACCAAGAAGAAAAAAGCUUUGCCCCUCGUUACCAGGGAGGCUAUUAUAGGUGAUAGAGCAGCAGUUUUUACCAGAGAGAGAAUAUGGCACUUGUCUUUGAUAACAGAUGCCCUUCCCUUGGAAAACCUCCCACACCAGUUUGGGUAUAAAGGAAGCUGUCAAAACCUGAACUUAUUUCUGCCAUGGUGGCCUAGGUUAUGUUGUUUGUAUUAGUUAAAGAUGGUUCUUACCUGUAAUGUACAUACCUUGUUGGUAAGUGACGUUCAUUUUCCUAAAUGUCACUUUUUGUUUACAAGAAUAAUGCUAUGUCCUCCAUAGCAAUAUGGGAGUUUAGCUGCAUUUCUAGAUCACUGUUGAUCUAAUCUGUACUUAACUGCCACUCACAUCUCUCAGAAAGCAACACAUUAUUCUUACUGGCAAGUUGCUUUUGUGUUUAGUUACAUUUCUGAUAGCCACAGGGCCAUAGAGACAGGGUUUGUGACAAUGCAGAGCUUUGUGGGAGUCUCUUUUGCUGCAGUUCUAGUAGUAAGAAGCUGCAGGCUUUGCCCAUUCAUUUUGACAGAAAAGUUGGCUCUUUUAAGUUAGAAGAUACUGAAAUGAGCACGCACACCAAUUAGGAUAAAAUUGAAACUUUACUCCAUAGGUUAAAAACAAAUGUCCUAACGCGUUUUGUAUCUAGAGAUACGUAAUCAUAGUCCUAUGCCUAUGAUUACAUAUCUCUAAAUACGAAACGUGUUAGGACAUUUUUUUUGAUUACGUAUCUCUAGAUACGAAAUACGUUAGGACAUUUUUUAACCUAUGGAAUAAAGUUCGAAUUUUAUCCUAAUUGGUGUGUCGCAUGAGUGCGUGCUCAUUUCAGGAUCUUCUUGCAUCUGACCCCAAGCUACGGGUUUGGGCGCUGCACCCAGGCCACCCAUCUCCAUCGGUGAGUGUGAAUAAUGCUUAUAUCGUUUGAUUAAAUUUGCAGAGAAUGCUGACCCUUUAGAGACGGACCUGGGGCUUUGCACAUUGGGUGAGCUUCGGUUUUAUAAAUUGAAUUGCUGUACUUUAAACUUUUGGAUAGAGCCGCGAGUUUUUCUGUUUGCGUUCUUUUAAUUUAGCCUGGUAUUGUCCUGAUUCUCACACAGAUAUUGGAUUCAAGUCUGGGUCACUUAAGGACAUCUUUGCUAAGUCCAUCCACUAUGUAUGCAGUGUGCUGCUGGAAAGUGUCAUUUAUCUCAUUGGUUCAAUGAGUCUGGAAAAGAUUUCUCUUGCAGAUCUGUCUUUGCUGUGCCCCAUCCAUUUACAUUAACCCAUAUUAUUAAUUAUAAUGUAAUCUCGUGCCUCAAAGCAGCCCACUUUCAUCUGUCGAUGUAUAAGCCUUAUGGAACUGCCAGUAUUUCAUCCAUAUCUAUGUCACUGGACUAAAAUACCAUUUAGUGUAAUAACCAGCAACAUUGCAGCACUGGAAGGUACAAAUCACUCACACCAAGCACCACUGGUACAGAAACAGGAGCCAUAGAAAGAAGCGUCACGGAGCAAUGUGAGCAAGCUUUCCAUGCAGUUUAUAAUUACAGUCACAUCGGUGGAUGUAAGUCAGUAACCUUUCCCAUUAGUACUUCCUUCCCCUCACUAUUUAAAACAGUGGGUAGAGCCCACAAUGAAAAAAAAAAAAAAUAUUUAUUUAAGAAAUGGGAUGAGUAUGACAUCAUAUUUAAAUAUCAUCUAUUUCCAGGCCAAUUCAACUUAUAUACAUUCCCUUGUUAGAAUGCUUCUACUCUCUUUCCAUUUGGCUUUACAUGACUCAAAUAAACCAUCAUUUAUUAUUAAAUGACACUAAAGUGAACUGCCAUGUUUAUGGGUUGGGCAUGAAUAUUGCUGGUAUAUUACUGCCCUGCUUUGCUUUUGGCUUAUGAUUGGUGUCAGAACCUUGGAGAUUGUAUAUUCUUGAAGAAGGUCCCCAAGCGGGACUAAAAAAUUGGAUAAGAUGCGAGUAAAUAAAAUAAGCAUUCAUUCACAA